AUGAACAGCAUUGAGAACAGAGAGAUUUUCUCGCAUAUGAGGCUCUUUGAGGAGUACGAAGAAAUGCAUUCUGCACUAAGCGAAUCUUACGAAAUGAGCGCAGAUACUUGGCGGCCAUUGGGGGACUCGAUCAUCAGCAGCACCGUCUUCCAGUCCUGGCAGCGCCAACGAAAGGACGAACAUUGGACGCUACGUUGUGUUGGAGGACCGGGCUCAGGCAAGACUACCUUAUCUGCGCAAGUAAUAGAAAUGCUUGAGAAUAAGUACAAAGACGACAAGGAAGCCGUCGCCUCCAUUUUCCUGCAAGCAGAUGUGGUCUGUGGCGGCAGUACCUUCGUGGAGGACAUCCUCCACAGCGUGUUCCGACAGCUGUGCGUCAAGUACUCCGAAGCUGAUGCAAAAGAGGACUGUGUCUCAAAGUAUCGACUUUAUCUUGACGCUAGAAGAGAUGGAGAUAGCGACGGCGAAAGACGUGUUCGGCUGGUGCGAGAUGCACUUCUCUCGCGUCUUGGCAAGCUUGUUCGCGCUUUUCUGAUUAUCGACGAUCUCGACAGAUGUAGCGCCUCAGACGAAUUAUUGCUCGAGAAUGAGCUCUCUAUGAUGGGAAUACAGGGGCUCAAGGUGUUUAUCACAUCGCGCAUCCCGUGUCUCAAGAGGGCUUCCCAGAGUGUGGAGUGUGACUCGUGUCCCGACAAAGGGGUGGAGAUCGACGUGUAUUGGGAAUGUGAGAGUUGCAAAAGGAGAGGACUGAGACCUGAAGAAGUCCAUGUACUCUGCCAAGUCUGCAGAGACGGACAGAGGGCUUGUCGCAACUGCCGUGACUCGGAAAACUUCAUUGCAACUUUCGACUACAUCGAGCUGAACAUCGACAGCAAUUGCCGUCUCCCUCAUUUCAUCGACUGGGACCUCGAAAGAGAGCACGGGAACCUCGGCAACAACGACAAGAAUCUGCCUCCCCAUUCCGCCCUGGGCAGAUGGCUUACAGAAGCUCGAAACCAUGAAGAACUCGAGAAUCUACGGGAGAAGAUUCGAAACCAGGCCGACAUGAACGUCAGCCUUGUUCGGCUCCGUCUCGACAAUAUUCACCGAGCCGAGUCUGUGAAUGCUGUACGCGCGUCUGUGACCGAUGUACUGCCGGCCAAUAUUGUAAAGUUUUUUGAUGCCAGCAUGCAGUGUUUUCAGACCAUACCAUCACCUCAACGGGAACUAGGUUUGCAGGUUAUCGCGGCAGUGACAACCUUCGAUUACGGCCAUAGUUUCUUGGACUAUGAGGUUGUGAGUGGCAUUCUCGAGCACGCGGCGAGAACAAACGGAAGAGACGCGUUGUAUAGAACGCAGCCAACACCUUUUGCUGCGAUGGAAGCAGAGGACCACGUGUCACGCCGAAAGAUCAAAGAAAUGCUCCACGCGGCGCGCGGUUUUGUGGUGGUUGAGGAUCGAGAGGGUUAUCCGAUGAGCGCCUACUGUGACACGUUCCAUACGUACGCGAAGGAAAGCUACAAUGAAGAUUUGACGAGGGCUCGCGCGAACCUCAACGUUGGAUGCGUUACGUUCGAUUCUGACGGGUUAGGAAGCCUGAAAAAGUUCGAGGGACAGUAG